CAUUCACAAAGCUUGGUGCUGAAGGCUGUGUAGGGUUUAAUUCCGGGAGAGGUUCCGCUUCCAAAAGCCCUACUCAGCCGAACCGCCAUUCUUCUUCAACCCUUUUCUCCUGAUUCGAAAAACCCUAAUCUCGCUCCAAUGGGGGGAAAGAGGAAGAAGAACGAUGAUUCAAUCAUGGACGACGGGGAUGAAGGUUCGAGAAAGAGAACCAAAUCAAAGGAACCAAAGCAGAAGGACCAGGUGCUUCCUUCCAUGAUCAAGAACAAGGAGAAGAGAUCGGAGUUGCACGCCAAGCUCAAGCGCCAGAAGAAGCUCGACAAGCGCGCUAAGGCUCAGGCUCGAGAUGCUGAUGUCAAGCGAGCUCUCGAGCUCGGUGAGGAGCCGCCGGAGAAGAAGGUCCCUCGUACCAUUGAGAACACUAGGGAAUUGGAUGAGACCAUUUGCAAGCCUGAUGACGAAGAGUUGUUUGCUGGAAAUGAUGCUGAUGAAUUCAGUUCAGUUUUGAAUAAAAAACAAACUCCCAAGAUAUUAAUCACCACUUGCCGCUUCAACUCUACAAGGGGACCUGCUUUUAUAUCAGAACUGCUUACGGUUAUACCAAAUUCACAAUAUUUGAAGAGAGGAACCUAUGAUUUAAAAAAGAUUGUAGAAUAUGCAAAGAAAAAGGACUUCACUUCUCUUCUAGUUGUUCACACCAAUCGCAGGGAACCAGAUGCACUCUUAGUCAUUGGCUUACCUGAUGGACCUACUGCUCAUUUCAAACUCUCAAAGCUUGUUUUACGCAAGGAUAUUAAGAAUCAUGGAAAACCAACCAGUCACUUGCCUGAGCUUGUGAUGAAUAACUUCACAACACGUCUAGGGCACCGAAUUGGAAGAUUGAUACAGUCACUUUUCCCACAAGAUCCUGAAUUUAAAGGUCGGCGUGUUGUCACCUUCCACAACCAGAGAGACUUCAUAUUCUUCCGGCACCAUCGGUACAUUUUUGAAACCAAAGAAGUUAAAAAGACUGAAAAGGACAAGGAUGGGAAGAGUAAGAAAGUUCCUGAGCAGGAAACUAAUGUCCGUCUUCAGGAAUGUGGUCCUCGUUUCACAUUGAAGUUGAUUAGCCUGCAGCAUGGAACAUUUGACACUAAAGGUGGAGAAUAUGAGUGGGUUCACAAGCCGGAAAUGGACACCAGCAGGAGGAGGUUUUUCCUAUGACCUUGUUUGGGAACAUUGCAUUUUGGAAGUCAUUUUUGCUGGAAUAGGUUUUACCUGGUGAAGAGGGUGGGUUAUCUUGAAAUCGUUGGAAUCUUUCAACUUGUUUUUACGUAAUGCUAUGUAUUUAUUUCUCAACUUUUAUUUCGGGGCUGAAGACCCAUCAUCUCUGUAUACCAGUGAUCAAUUUUGACUUCAUAUUCAUAGGUGGAUAGGGAAAGAUAGUAUGCAUCUACAAUGUCAGUUCUCUAUAUUAUCUAUGUUUUAGGUUGCAUUUCUUGAACAUUGAUGUGCUGAGGCUAUGGAACUCAUUAGAUUAUGCAGGCGUUAUGUGUCUCUUA